CCCACGUGUGGAUUCGUAAUAAGAACAGUGACAAGCAUCUACAACAAGCGUGCGGAAGCUAGGGUUUGUUUUUGUAGCUGCCGCAGGAAAUCGGAACCGAGGCUUCAAAGGCCACAGUGUCGAAAGUGUAAAGUCGCCCUGCAAUAUCCGAAGCCAUGGAUGCAUGGGUUCGCUUCAGCGCCCAGAGUCAGGCUAAGGAGCGGAUAUUCAGGGCUGCUCAGUAUACAUGCACUUUGCUUGGCUAUACUCUUCAGAAGAAUGGUGCAAAUCCAGACCUGGUUUCCAAAAUUAAGCAACUGGAGGCACAUAUGAGUCUGGGACGCAAAUUGUUUCGCUUGGGGAAUUCCACUGAUGCUUUAGAGGCUGCAAAGCGAGCUAUACAUCUAUCUGACAGUAUCCUGCGCUUUUGCAUCACUGUCAGUCAUCUUAACCGGGCUUUGUACUUUGCCUGUGACAACAUUCUAUGGGCCGGCAAGGCUGGCGUUGUCGCGAAGUUGGACCAGGAGAAAUGGAGCCAACGGUCUUUCAGGUACUACUUAUUUGCCUUGAUCCUGAACUUGAGCCGUGAUGCAUAUGAGAUCAGCAUUUUGAUGGAACGAGAGGCUCGUGGCCAGAAGGCAAGCUACAGCAGCAGUCCUGUCAGAGAAAAUGGAGAAACCAUACUUUCAUGUUCUAGGGGAUCUGUUGGUGUUAGUGAUUUAUCUCUUCGCAUUCGUAAACAGCUUUUCUUGCUGAUACAAAUUCUUAGGUGUAACCCACCAUUACUUCUGGACCUACUGAAAAACAUCUGUGACAUUUUCAUUCCUUUGGACAAGCUUGGCUUAUAUAGAACAAACCCAGGCUUCAUUGGGGCUUGUGGACUUACCUCUUCUGUCCUGUCUAUUCUCACUAUUACAUAUCCCUGGCUCAAGCUGAAACCCUAAUAUGAUUUAUGGAAAGAAACAGAUAAAAAUGAAAUGAUGAAAUUAUUGAAGUAAAUUAAGAUUUUAGCAUUUUUUGGUUUGCUUUUGUUUAUGAAAAUCAGCAUAAAAUACAUGGAAAUUAAAAGACUGAUAAGUACUUUUGAACUUCUCCAGAUGCCUUCUUUUAAUUAUAUGAGAAGACAAAUACAGGUGUCAAGAAGUCAGUUAUUUGAAUUGUUAUUCUGCAUCAUUUCUUCAUCAAUCUGAAUAUUAUUCUAUAAUAACUAGUUCAUCUGAAUUUGUCAUUAAUUUCCCUUAGUACAUCCCUGCUUUAAGUUAUAGUGUUGUAUCAGUCUACAGCUACUGUAAAUAAUGCUUUUGGAUACAAAGCCAGAUACUAUAGUUGGUGUCAUAGCUGAAUGUGCGAUGAAUUUGGUGCACCUGUUUCACUUUAAAUAUAGUUUGGUUUUGCAGUCAGAUAUUCUUUGGAUAUAAGGCUUUACCUUGUGCAUCUGAUUCUACUCAUGAAAGAAAAGAAAUGUUCAGUUAUUGUUUGUCUGGAUCUUUAUGGAUAUGAAAGCAAACACCUGCACAUUUUAUUUUUCUUUAAAUAAAACAGUUUUGUGCUUUUGUUAUUAGCAGAAAAUUCAUAUAUUGAAAUUUCAGCUCUUUGUGAUGAUCCAUGACAAUUUCUCUGCCAUUAAAGAUUUUCUGUGUUAUUUGUACUCAAUCAAGAGUGGCACCAGAAAUGUCCAUUUUUUCUUUUUUUUAAUUAAUAUUCUUUAAGCUAGACUCAUUUGCCUAAUUUGGUGUUAUUUCAGAACCCAAGUUUCAUUUUUCUUCCUACACUCACUAAAUGUUUUAACUUCAGAGCAAAAAAAUACCGACUCUUUUAAGAACAUGCAGUGGAAUUGUGUGCAACUCAGGGGUGUUUGUUUACAGACUAGGUUCUGGCUCCCACGAUCCUGGUAACCUCUUUUAAAAAUGAUCAGUCAUCCUCUUAAUAAAAUAUUUUUGGAUGAAAAUCUUUACAUAUGCUUGCUUUAUUUAUUCACGAAUCUAGUUGAACAGGACAAAAUAUUGUACCAGCGAAAAUCAGAAGAAAUCCUCCAAGUUGAACAAGUUUAUUGUGGGUAAAUUCAUACAAUUUUUAUUUCUCAAGUAAUGAUUGAUGGCGACUAAUCAAGCAGUGCCUCAGUAGUGACCUUGGGAAUUGCAAUCAUCUGCUCAUCUAUCCAAUGUAUAAUCUGCUUAUCAAGAUCAGGGUCACAGUAUGAUAAAUUUGAACUAGUCAUAUCCACAUUCACUUCUACUCAGCCAAUUCACUUCAUCCUUGGCAUGUUGGAAGAAAGCUCCAUGGAGACGGUAGCUUAGUCUGGAUUUCGAACCCUGGAGCUGUGAAGCAGCAGGACUAACUCCUGUGCCACUAUGCUGCCUACUACAAUGUCAGUAAGUUAAAUGUGAAUGCACUGUAAACACGUGGGACACUUUUGGGAUGAACUGAGCAUUUGC